CCAUGUGGGCGUCGUGCUGUGGUUUGUUGAACGAUCUGAUUGGUUCGGGGGCGGUUCAGACUCAUCAGGCUGGGUUUGGAGGAGGAGCCGGUCCCUUCCGAUUCGCUCCUGGGGCCGGGUUCUCCCCCUAUCCCUCGACAAGCUCCUCCCAGUCACCGUCAAGUCCCGCCCCCACCAAUGGAACUGUGUGUAAAGCGUGUGGCCUCGCCUUUUCUGUCCUAAGAAGAAAGUACGUGUGCUCGGACUGUGGGCGGAGCUUCUGUGCGCUCUGCUGUGUGCUGCAGGAGGACCUGCGCAGGUGUUGCGUGUGCCACCUGUUGUGGGCGACGGCGUUCCAGCGGGCGCGGCUCAUGCGUCUGCGUGUGCGAGACCUGCGCCGCUACCUCAUGCUGCGUGACAUCAGCACCGACGCCUGCACCGAGAAAGAGGAACUGGUGGAACUGGUGCUGAGACACGGGGGGGCGGAGCUUCAGGAGGAAGAGGGGGAGGAGCCUGAGGAGACGGAUGCCCUACCCCCUGCCCUGACCACGCCCGUUAAUGCUGCACAGCCCGUCCCCCUGCAGCCUGCACUGCCCGACUCCGCCCCUCAGGAAGAAACACACAGUACUGACACCAACUCAGGAACCAGAGAGGACAAUGGAGAUGUUUCCUCAGUGUCUCUCCUCCCUCUGGAGUCCAGUGAAUGUUUACAGCGCCCCCCGGUGGUUCAGAGGCGAGCCCGGGCGUCCCUCUCUGAUCUCUCGGGGGAGGAGGAGAUCCCCUCACUGUCGGUCAGGCAGCUGAAGGAGAUCCUGGCGAGGAACUUUGUGAGUUUUUCUGGUUGCUGUGAGAAGUGGGAGCUGGUGGAGCGAGUCCACCGACUGUACCAGGACCACCUGCACAACGACCACGCCCGCGUGACUUCCCUGGGCGUGGCUCCUCUGGGCGUGGCUGAUGAGAACAUGUGCCGUAUCUGUAUGGACGCUGUGAUCGACUGUGUCCUGCUGGAAUGUGGUCACAUGAUCACCUGCACCAACUGCGGCAAGAAAAUGAACGAGUGUCCGAUCUGCCGUCAGUACGUGGUGCGGUCAGUCCACGUCUUCAGAUCCUGAACACACACACACAUACACACACACUAAUACACACAAAACACAUACACACAACCAUGCACAUACACUAAUAAACACAUAGUAAUAUGUCCUAAAACACACACAUACACACACACACACUAAUACACUCACACACUAAUACACACACACUCAUACCCACAAAACACAUACACACACACACGCAUGCACAUACACUAAUAAACACAUAGUAAUAUGUAC